GCGUGGCAAACGCAUGGUUAAGUGUGUUUAGGAUAGUAAAUUGUAAAUAUUGCAUAUUUUUAUCCUCUUAACCUGUCAAUUUUAGUAAUAUUUAUAGACACUUGGUAGAUCUAGUGUUCGGACUUUGUGUAAUCACUAAAAACUUAAAAAUGGUUGCUGAAGUCUCUGUUGAAGGAUAUGAAGCCUACAAAAAAGCAGCUGAGGAGAAUAAAUCGAAAUUAGUUUUUGCCUUAUUCUGUGGCUCUGUUAAUGCUAAUGGUGAAAGUUGGUGCCCGGACUGUGUAACAGCUGCCCCAGUUAUCGCUGAUAACUUGAAGCACGCCCCUAAAGAUUCAGUUUUCAUCCAUUGUGGUGUCGGAGGUAGAGAUUUCUGGAAAGAUCAAAAUAAUGUAUUUAGAAAAGAUCCUGUGUUGAAAUUAAAGUCGGUUCCCACAUUACUAAAAAUCGGACAUCCGCAGAGGUUAGAAGAAGCACAAUGUGCUAAACCUGAAAUGGUGAAAAUGCUAUUGGAAGAGGAUUAGAGUCAUUUUAUUUUGAUUUAUAGAAUUGUAUUUAAAAAACCUAAGACAAUU